GGGCCUUGCGGCCGCCCCGGAAGUGACGCGCUGCCCCGCUGGCCGUGCGGAAGUGGAGAUGGCGGAGCUGUACGUGAAGCCGGGCAACAAGGAGCGCGGCUGGAACGACCCGCCGCAGUUCUCCUAUGGUCUGCAGACCCAGACCGGCGGACCCAAGCGCACGCCGCUCACCAAGAGGGUUGCCGCCCCGCAGGAUGGAUCCCCCAGAGUCCCCACCUCAGAGACUUCUCCUGGGCCAUCCCCAAUGGGGCCUCCACCUCCUUCAAGUAAGGCUUCUGGCCCGCCCCCUAUGGGGAGCUGUCCUGCCUUCAGUGUGGAGCCCACAAAUUCCCCAGUCAUUGAGUCAGAGACUCUCCUAGAAGAGGUGCUGAGACCUUUGGAACAGGCAUUGGAAGACUGCCAGGGCCACACAAAGAAGCAGGUCUGUGAUGACAUCAGCAGACGCCUAGCUCUGCUGCAGGAGCAGUGGGCUGGAGGGAAGCUGUCAACGCCUGUGAAGAAGAGGAUGGCGCUGCUGGUGCAGGAGCUUUCAAGCCACCACUGGGAAGCCGCAGAUGACAUCCACCGCUCACUCAUGGUUGACCAUGUGACUGAAGUCAGUCAGUGGAUGGUAGGAGUUAAAAGAUUAAUUGCGGAAAAGAGAAGUCUGUCUUCAGAGGAGGCCAAUGAAGACAAAUCUACAGCCACAGCUGAGAAAACCCAGAUCGUACCAGGCAUCCAACAGGCUCCAUAAUUCUGCGGGUUCCCCAGACUCAAACCACACCAUCUCCCAUGUGUUGGCAAUGGAGGCCUUCUCAUUUGGCUCCCUCUUAGCACUUGAGAGACUGUCUGCCCCAUUGGGGUCCUUGGCCUGACCCAUCUCUGGGGAAGAGGUCUCACCCGGGCCACUUGUUACCCAUAACAUGGAUUUCAAUAAAAACACCUCAACGGCAGGCCCUGGUUUAGGAGAGGUGCACCCUGUCCUAUGCCAAACUGUCCCCCCCC